AAUUCUUAAAGGCCUCACGAGUAGUUGGAGGUCGGGCGCUUUCAGCUAUAUAUUUUGGCUGCCGGUACUCUCGGUGGGUGGCUCUUGAAACCCUAACCCUAUUCAUCAUCUCGACGAUUCGGAUCUGGUGUUUGGAAGGAUCCCGUGUCCGAAAGUUUGUGUCUUUACGGGUCUGAUUUUCGGAAAGGAAACCCUAGCUGUGGUUUUCCGGGAAACAGUAGGAGAAGGGAUUGAUUGCUGGAAAAAAAAUCUCCACUUGAAGGUGUAUAUAUUGAUUUUAUUCGCAAAAUUCGACUUUGGGCUAUCGGGAACUCUUUGAAGAAGAAAAGCUCUGAUUUUUAUUGUAUUUGUUUGGUUCAAAGUUUCAAUUUUUCAUUAAUUUUACAAUGGACGUUGUGAUUCCUGAUUACUCGCUGUUCCCUUCCUUCUUCGCAAUGUUCUGUCUCAUAUAUCUGCUUGGACGCUUGGUAGUUUUCCGGAAGUGGAGUCCAAAGAACCGCCUGGAUGCAUCGAGCUGUUUCAUCUCCUUGUUCCACGGAACGCCGGCUGUCUUCUUGGCUCUCUCUGCAAUUCUAUCACAACCUAUUCGAGGAUUUGCCUCUCCCAACACCAAUUUCCAGAACCUGGUUCUUGACUUCAGCAUUGCCUACUUCACAACUGAUCUACUCCACUACCUAAUUUUUAUCCCUGGAGACUAUCUUUUCAUUGCCCACCACCUUGCGACGCUCUUUGUGUUCGUCACCUGUCGCUACCUUGUUCUUCGUGGUGCUUUUGCAAUACUGGUCCUCCUGGUGUUUGCAGAGGUUACCAGUUUUUGCCAGAAUGCAUGGACGCUGGCCGGACUCCGGAAAGAAGAAUUGCCUACUGCAGCAAGAAUAUAUAUGUUCUUAUCUCCUCCUUUCUAUGCUUUGUAUAGUGCCAUGAGGGGAUUUGCAGGGCCGGUGUUCUUCUAUAAGAUGAGUGCUUUUUAUUUGAGUGGGAAGGCCAGUGAUGUGAUUCCGAUGUGGGUUUCUGUCUCAUGGAUUGUCGUGGUUGGUGCGGCAAUUGCGGUCAGUAUCCUGUGGAUUUCAAAUCAUUGGAUGGAGCUGUUCAGAGAGAUGAAUCAGAAGGAAGAGAAGAAAGGGAGGUAGUUGCUGGCUGGGGAACGGUUCAUUAGCGGUUUGGUGGAUAAGCUGUAUCCAGUCCUCAUGAUUCAAUGAAGUUCUUCAUUGGCAAAGCUUGUGCUUAGCUGAAGGUAUUUAGGAGUCAAUUGGGCUUUUGAAAGUAGGAGAUAUAGUGGGGUAGUUGUCAAAUUAUAUGCUUUGCUUAUUAAUCUUCUUAACAAAGAUUUAUUUUUUCGAAUGGCAUUUUGUGGUUUGCUGUAUUGGAUGGAAUGAUUUGAAAUUCUUUUAUGAAGAUGCCUCAUUGAUUUUCGUCGGGAUAAACCACUUUCAUCUGUUGGCCAGUUAUCUCUUUAUUCUACUUAAAAUGGUCAGAGAACCUUAAUUUACUUUUGGAAGAAAGAUCAACAGGGAGAGUACUGUAUUAUAUGGAUGGGAGGAAAAGAAGAGGGAGCGACCUUGAUCUUAGAGCUUAGGUAGAAAGAGAAUGAUCAACAGGUAUAUUUAUUCUCUGAGAACCUUCUCCUUUAUUAUAUCAUCAGUUAAGUAAUCUUCCUUAAAGCAAUGAUUAAGAUUCUACUAGGAAGCAAAAAAAAUGUCACUUUGACUUUUAUUAGAAUUUUAUAUGUUUUGUUGGGAUUUAUAUUAGAAUCCAAACAAACUUGCUUUCUACCCCAAAUCCUUUUGUUCACGUGGGCACUCACAACCUUUGCACAAAGGCUCUUCUUAAUUUGAUUCUUUAGUAAGAAGGCCUAGAGAGUACCUUGAUGAUGUUAAACAAAUUAUAGAACCAGAAACCAUGGCUGAUCUUCAGAUUUAUAACUGAAGUUUCAUGCGAUAAGGCAAUCACCUUCACACCUCUUUACCAUGUGCCACCAGUUCCAUACGUAGUUGUGUCCAAGAAUCCAAAGUCACGAAGAAAGCUAUCUUUUCCUCUGUAUACAUUUUUGUAAGAUUUAAAGGUUUGUUCUCUCUUGCGAGUGUUGAGACUUCUGCAAAUAGUUUUAAGCCAGAAGUUUGCUUGCUUAUUCUCUUCUUGAACCAUACCCACUUCCUGCUGCCUUGAACAAGCCUCGUUAAAGCCAGGAGAUAAAAUAGCAUACAUCUAUUUGCAUGCUCACAGCUAAUUUGGAUCAAACACCAAGAAUCACUGAUCACUCGGUACUUCGCUUUUUAUAGCAAUGCUAAUUCUUGGUAAGUAUGUGCCACAAAUUUAGUGGCACAUAUAUGUUUGAGGUAGUUACCUAAUUAUGUUCUUUCAUAUCCUCUGUAAGUUACAUAAUAUGAUUCUUCAAGUUAAUUGCUUUGUCAGGAGAUGUUGUUCUGCUAUGAACAAAGCUUUAUUUGCAUUCUUUACCAAAAGUGCUUUUAAGUAGUAAAGUUAGUGUCUGAGAACUUUUUGUGGGAAAAGCAUUGUGCUGUUUAUUAUAGUAUUCUAGUAUUCAUCAAGUCAAAGAAGGUUAAGGAUUAAGGAAUCUUCAACUUGUGCUAAUGUUAGUGGCAUUGUAUUGGAUUGGCUUUAUCAAGAUUUCAUCUUUUGGCAUCCAGUAUGUUGGAUGUUUGGUAUGGUGCUCAAAUUUGUUGGCCUGCGGUAAUUUGGUGUAAUUCCUAGUGGGGGUUUGUACAGCUGUAAUUUGUAGGUAGCUACUGCCAGAAUGGAAAAAAAGAAACUAUUGGUUCUUGUCU